AUGGAAAUCACAAAGGAUCAUAAAGAUCGUCCUCCAGCUUUACGUCGUUCUCUUAGAAUAAGGAACAGAGACGAGAGAAGACGACGUGAAGAAGUUGAACGUAAAGAGAUUGAAGAACGUGGUGCUUUAAUACGACUUCCAAAACGUCUUACUAAAUUACCUACCUGUAAAUCUGCUUCAACUGUCAUGCCUAAAAGAAGAAAAAUAUUUCGUUAUAUAAACUUUUCACAAAUUGGCACUACUGUCAAUCUUACCAACAUCCCUUUGGAUUUACUAAUAUAUACACUAGAAUUCCUCGGUCCUUCUCUCGCGGCCAUGGAAAGGGUAUCAAAGUCAUUCUAUCGCAUCAUAAGAGGGCAACACAGUCCAUAUAGAUUCUUGUAUUAUAAGUUAUUGGCAAUGUAUUGCCCAGUGGAUGCUUCUUCGAUGAUAGAAAAUGACGAACAAGAACGUGCGAUCCAUGCUCCAGUUUUACCAAAAAUUCAAAAAACUCUUGCAAAAAAAGAAUUCAGAGAAUAUAAAGUAUCUGACUGGAAGGUAUGCACCAUUUGCGCUGAACCCGGUGAUCCUAUUCCUGUGUGGGAGCCUUGGAAGACCUACGUGUAUGACCUUGGAAUGCACUGUACUUUUUACCUUCGUUCACAGCUUGACCACCUUCGGCGGCAAAAAUAUUCUGAUCCUCAAAUUGCUUUGGAUCGAGAUGUUGAACAACGUCAAUCGGAAAGAUUUUCUAAAGAAAAUGCAAAACGUAAGAGAAAACAAAAAGAACAAGAUGAUUCUUACACCGAACGAACAAAAUCUAUUCUUAAAUGUUUUGAAGAAUUAAAAUUGAAACCUGACUUAAAUGUUAUGGAAGAAUGGUGGUUUCCAAAAGAACUCAAAUUAGAAAUACAAGAGACCAAUAACAGUUUGGCUCGUAAACGUCUUAGAAUUUCUAUGGAACAAGAUAACGCCAAUGGUAAUACUUCAUCUGGCAGUAUUGGUGUUACUGGUUCUGACACUUUAAUUAAAAGUAAAUCUCUUCGUAAAAAUUUGGAUGAGAUAAUGACCGAAUUACGAAAUGUCGUUGUACCACGUGUUUCAAGAUUAAUGGAUCUAAAUAGUCGAUUAAUGGCUGAUGGUAUAGCUGUUGAUAAACUACGGAUGGAUUUAGAUUUAAAAACACGAAGAGUAUAUGAUGAUUUUGUUUUAGGAGGUAUGCCGAUAGAAGAUUAUCCGUUAACUGCUGCUAUAACGCGUAGUGAAAUAUUAGCUUAUUUUACUCGCGAAAGAAUCUUCGAAACGUCUAUUAUCUCUACAUGGUAUAGUUCAAUUACGAAUGAUGAUUUCUUAUGCUGUCAUCUUGAACGUCCCCGAUUUUUACGUGAUGCUCGUGAAUGGUGGGCUCGUCGUGGAAAGAAACCACCACCGGAAAAAUGUGGUGAAUUAUAUCUUGCUCGUGUUCGUAAACGACAAGUGUGGCUAAAGAAUGAUAUGUCAUUGGUUACAAUUCAAGAAAAUUGGAGGCGUGAACUAUUAGAACAACCACCAGAAAAAUUGAAACCAAUGUAUUGUGAUUAUGAAGAUUUUAUAAAAAAUUGUAACGGUUUCUGUCCAACUGAAGAUGGUUAUUGUGGUUGUUUGGAGUAUGCUGCUAAAGAUAUCAUUAGAGCAAAUACGAUAUUAAGACGUAGGGAUUGGAUGGAUGCUCAGUUGAGAAAGUGUCAAGAAAUUAAUUAUCGAGGUCCUGAUUUAUUGUUGUGUCCAGAAGCCAAGGAGGAAUAUUAUUAUGCUGCCAGAACCGCAGUCAUGUAUAUUUGUCGUGCUGAAAAAUUCAUGCGAAGACUUAUAAGCGAAGUUCCCACUUUUUCUGCAGAACUAAUCACAUCAGAAGCACGUGAUUGGUAUAAACGAUGCCUCGGAAUUGUAUCUGACUUCUAUGACCCACCACGUCGACCUUGUUCAUGGGCUGCAUUUACGACAAAUUGUUAUUAUUAUGAAGUUCAUAACAAUAUUAUGGAAAGACCAGAUAUUGAUUUUACAAUUCGAAAAAUUUAUGAAUGUGAAUUAACUCGUAUAAGUCGAUUAGAAGCUGCUGAUAAUGCUGCUAAAGAAGCACGAUUAAGUCCUAGCUUUUGGAACAAAGCAAUGGUAAAACGUCCAAUGGAUGGUGUGUCAUUUGCAACAAGAGUUAGAUGGAUUGCUUCAAAUGGAUGGUUUUCGCUAAAUCAAUUAGCUCAAUCUUGGGUAUAUGAUGAAGGUCAGGCUCCAUUAAGUCAACUUGAGCCUUAUAUUAAAGAAAAGGUCAAACAAAUGGAAAGGGAAAAACGUAAGGAAGACAUCACGUCAAGGAUCAAGGAUCAUCCUGAGUAUCAAAUGAUAUUCAAGGAGGUUGAUGAGGAUCCUGAAUUCUUCUUACGUGCAACUUACGAAAUUAACACUAUUUAUAAGGUGUCUAAUCUGUAUAAAUCUCACGUCGAAGAUGUUAAACCAGGUAUUGAUCCCAAUAAAGUUGUACGGCAGGUUAUCGAUCUUAUAAGAGAUGUUAAAACCGGUGUUAUCAGCAAAAGUAGCCUGUUUGUUGCAGAUCGUGAAAGAUUUGCUGAAGAGGAAGACGACGAUGAUGAUAACGCAGGCGGUGUAAUCAACGUCGGCGGUGCGGUUAACAAUGGUGGUGGUGCUAACGUAAAUAACAAUAACAAUAUAACCAAUCCUACGAUGACAAAUCCACAACCUGUUAUAACUAAUAUUAAUAAUAAUGCGGGUAACGUUGUCGGGAAUAAUACCAAUUCAACUAACUCAACUAGUGUGUAA